CAUAACGGAACCUCGUGUUUCCGUGGCUGCACGGUUUCCGGCGUGAAGCAGACGAGUGGUGGAGUGUUGUCAAGUUUCCUGCGGCCGUUUGUGAUUUUAUGGCAAUGAUUAUCUCCAGAAACAGGAUUAAAUUCUGCUCCCUGGCCUUCACGGCCGCUCGCAUGUAUGCGAACGGAGCCCAGGCCAACGCUAACCCUGUGGUUUACUUUGACAUCGCGGCGGACAACCAGCCGCUCGGCAGAGUCACCUUCGAGCUGAACGCUGACGUUGUUCCCAAAACUGCAGAGAACUUCAGGGCUCUGUGUACAGGAGAACACGGCUUCGGCUAUAAAGGCUCCAUCUUCCACCGAGUCAUCCCAAACUUCAUGUGUCAGGGAGGAGACUUCACCCACCAUAACGGCACCGGGGGGAAGUCCGUCUACGGCCCCAGAUUUCCAGACGAGAACUUCAGGCUGAAGCACACUGGACCAGGUAUUCUCUCCAUGGCCAACGCUGGACCGAACACCAACGGCUCUCAGUUCUUCAUCUGUACAGUGAAAACGGAGUGGUUGGAUGGGAGGCACGUGGUGUUUGGCAGCGUGAAGGAUGGGAUAGAGGUGGUGAAACAGGUCGAGGAUUUAGGCUCUCGCUCCGGGAAAACCUCCAAGAGGAUCACCAUCACCGACUGUGGAGAACUCAAAUAGAACGUGCUCCGAACUCUCCGGCCUACUGACCGCUUAUCUAAAACACACACAGCAGGACCAGGUACCCAAUCAGAUUAAACCAGAAUAAAAAACUGAAAUCUAUGACGUGUUUCUAAAGGGCGGGGGGGGGUGUCUAACGAUAAUAACAAUACUGAUAAUUAUAUAAUAUUAUAGUAAUAAUAACGACGGUCUCCCAGUUUAUUUCUGUCUAACGAAGGUGCUCUGCCCACCUUCUAGUGAUCAGAUACAUAUUCUUCAUCAUGUCUGUGGAUUAAAGUCAAAUUAGCGUUUACGUGAUUCACUGUGUGUGUUUCAGAACAGCUGUCAGAGAGGGAUUCAUAAAAGAUUAAUAUGGAUAUGAGAAAAGAAAUCGUGAAUAUAUAAAAAUAGGAUUGAAUUGCUGUCUAAUCAGAGUUUGCAGUGCUGUAGUCCACCUGGUCUGUGUUGUCCUGCUCCAUAUUCCAGCUGUGUACUGAACGCUGGUCCUGUUUAUCCUAAUUCGGAAAGAUUUCGGCAGAUUAUCGUGCAAAAUAUCAACCUCCUGCUGUUGCUGUGGCAACAUGGAUCAAAGCAAGUUGCUGCCUUGUGGGCUACUUUGAAACUAAACUAAAAAGCAGGGCCUUUUUUUUUAGUAGUGACUUGCAGGAGCGCUCAACAUCUUCCACGUUUACAGCCGUGAGUAGCUCCUCCCGUUCCGGUGGGCUGCAGCACUGAAGCUGGAAACACUGGACUAAAUGUAGCCUUUACAUUCUGGAGCUGAAUCUGGAUUAGAUGAAUCUGGAUUAACCUCAGUGCUAAUGUGAACGGUACAGUCGGUUUGGGAAAACGAGCAGGAACGUUAGCACUUAUAAAGGACUUUGUCCGUUCAGGGUCAGUGGGUAUAAAUGACAUUCGACUAUAAACUGUGUAUGAAAUCCAUAAACUUGAAACAAUGUGAAAUAUUAGAAAAUUCCCAUCUGAAUUAGAGCCAAUGUGAAUGUUUGUACUGAAACCCUGUCCACUGAGUGUGUGUGUGUGUGUGUGUGUGUGUGUGUGUGUGUGUGUGUGUGUGUGGAGUGGAUUUUGGUGUCAAAUGCUGUUUCAUCUGGACUGACUCCAGUUUCUGUUGGACUGUGACCUCAGGAAUAAAAAAAACAUUGCCAUGAAAUAUACUGA